CCCUCCUGGAGCAUUCUUUGAUUUGCCCAGUAAGGGCAUACCUUCUCUGAGAUGCCAACACACUGGCCUCAUUGCCAGCAUGCCUGCAUCAGUCACUCCAUUCCUCCACUCCCUAGGAAUGGGGAAAGUUGUAACAUUUCAUUUGGAUCCUUAAUGAAAAUGGUUCAGUCAGAGCAGGAUGGGAUAACGAAAGUGAAAAUAAAGUACAAGACUCUGUAAAAAGUCAUUUAGAGAUGGAUCGAGGACUGGAAGGAUUACUUUUAUCAUUUCUCAUUCUGCAGUCAGGUCAGUUAAUUUGAUAUUAUGUUCUGAUUCUUAUUGUGAUGUGCAGGCUAUAGGGUGGGCUUGACAAGUAUAUCUAGAACCAAAUCCAAAAGUUAAGAGCCGAGAUAAAUUACAUUUUAAAGAAAAUGCAGAGUAAAGUUUAGGUUAUGAGCAGUGGUAAUUAUAUAUUUUGUUGGUUCUAUAACUCACUAACACCUGUGAUUGAUCAAUGAGGGGAGGUGUGCACUCUGCUUAACUGUGUGUUCUUGAGAAUCUCUGAUUGUAUUUAAAUAGUCCUGAUUAUCCGCUGACUGCUGUGAAGCAUGGAUCUAAGUAAAGUAAAUUCAGCCCAUUUAGUAUAAUCUUUCCAGCCUGAUGGGAUUGUUCUUUGAGGUUUGUAAAACUGUCAGUAUCUGGGAAGGCUGAGCACAUUGUAGGGAAUGAAUCACUCUCGGUGUACUCAUCGCCAUAAGAUGAUGGCUUAGGUAGCGUCCACAGGAUGCUAUAUACAGAGUGUCUAGUGCCCGUACACCAGUGCUUCCCAUUUAACUCUUAUAAAAUGUCCUCAUUAUCUUUGAGGUUCCUAAGCUUAGUAAAUCUCCUCACAUUAUGCAAGUAUAUUUUACAUGCAUUAUGGUCUUCAUAGCAGGCAGCAGUGUCAAGAUAUAAGCGUUACGUUGAUAUUCCAUUUUUAUUUUAUUUUAUUUUAUUUUUUCUACGUAUUGACUACUCUAACGGCACUGUUAUAUAUGCUAAGUCUAGCCAGUAAUUGGUUACCAACUAAUACUCCUAAUUUGGUGGCUAGUAGUGUUUGCUUAUGUUCUGCUGUUGUUUUUAUCAUGUUCUAACUCUUUUAUUCAACAAAAUGAGAUGUCCUUGAGUGCACCGGACUGGCUUAUGAUAUUUCUUGUGUAAGAUUUAUAUUGUUAUGCAGCUGUACGCUGGUGAUAAAACCCGAUGCAAUGGUGUAUUCUGGUUUUGUGCUGCCCUAGGCAUGACAAAACUGAGACAACCCACCCCCCCCUUUCAAAUUUCUCUUCCUGACAGACACACACCCUCACUGAUGCAUACACUGACAUACACUCACUUACAGAUACAUAGUCAUUGUCACACACAGUUUAACCAACACACUUUCCCUGAAACAUACACAUUCACAGACAUACACACUCACUCAUUCACAGUUACACAUAUGCACAUUCACCAUCAGACACACAUAUACACUAACUGACAGACACAUAAACACUCACUGACAAGACACGCAUGCAUACUCACUGACAGACGCACACUCACUCAGUGUCUCACACACACACACACACACUGGGACACACAAAUACUCACUGACAGAUACACACUGACAAACACACAUACACAUUCACUGACAGACAUAUAUACACUCAGUGUCAGACAUACACUGACAGACAUACACAUUCACUGACAGACACACACUCUCAGUGACAGACAUGCAUACACACACAGACAGACAUGGAUACAAACACUGACACUCGCAUACACACACUGACAGACACGCAUACAUACACACUCACUGACAAACACAUAUACACUCUCAGUGACAGACACACACACUCUCACUAACAGACACACUAACACACUCACUAACAAACACACACUGACACUCACUAACAAACACACACUUAAACACUCACAAUUUUUAAUUUAUUUUUUGCUUUCAUUUUGGUGGAUUUUUCCCUGUGGUCCAGUGGGGCUGGCUGAAGCUUGGCGGGUGGGCGGGCACACUGUGAGCAGUGGAGGCAGCUCCCUCACGCACCUCUCAGUGAUGCCGGAGCCGGAGUGACGUCAUAUGUCAGUGCGUUUGAGGGAGCUGAGCAGGAAGAGCUCAGAGGAGAGCGCUCCCUCGCUGCCAGCCUCCCACAUCAGUGCAUGCCUGCCUGGGGGGGGCCCUGAGGUGAACAGCCGGCCAGCUCUCUGGUUCCCCAGGGCAAGAGGCUGGCAAGGCAUUUGCCAGGACAUUUAGGGGCAGCUAAAUUUGCCACCACCCUUAAAGUGCUGUUCAAGGCAAAUGCCUUGUCAGCCUUGCGCUAUAUACAGCGCUGUCUGUAAUAUUGCUAACAUUUCAAUAAAAUGCAAAUUACAAUAUAUACCAUAUUUGAGGUGUCAGUUCUCCUUUAACCAUACAAAUGCCUUCCACUGAUUGUAUUGUAUUAUUGUAUUACUGAUUGGAUUAUUGCUAUCUCUCUGGUAGCAGAGGUUUAAAACUGUGGCAGAGUGUGUCCUCUAUCAGCCAGUGUUCAUAUAUAGUCCGUGCCACUAUAGAGAUAUUAAAGGGUUGCUCCAACCAUUAGAGCCCGCUAUAGUGGUUAUGAGGGUAGCCCUGUUCUCCAGUACCUGGGCCUCUUCUGUAGGCAGGUUUACAAUAUCUAACUUCUGCCAAGCCAAUGAAUGAGAUUCUGUGUGCAGGAAUACGCACAGAUUUGACAUUUGUCAGGAAAGGGGUUAAACUCUGUAUGUGCAGCAUUCAUAGCAAGCGGAUUCCAGGAACCAUGACAACUUCAAAUCACGGAAGUUGUCAUGGUGCUUGGAGUAUCCUUUUCAGCAUACAUGCAAUCAGUGACAGGCAGUGGAAGGGUUAAGCAGAGAACAGAAGCUCAGACUCCUUGGGGCUGCUUCAGGUAAAUGUUCACCCUAUUUUUGUGUUGCCAUGGUUGUAUACUGAGCCCUGAGGUAUUUAGUUAGUGUAAAUACAUUAUUUGGUCACGUUAUUUCCUUAAAGGUUCCCUCUCAAGAAAUUGCCAACAGAAAAAAUAGAUUCAUAAUAAUAUAUUUUUAUGACUAAAGAACUACAGAGGUAUUAUCCUUUCAAAAACUAUGGUGUUAAAAAGGACCAGUGAGGUUCAGCAAUAUAAUACAAAUACAAAUGUAAUACAAAUUUUGAAAAAUAUUUCAGAUUGGUAAAUAGUAAAACUUGUUCAAGGAUAUACCUUUUACAUCAUUUAUUUCUGAGUUGCUUUAUUUGCCGUUACAAAUUUACAAAAGAAAAAUAUUUUCUAUUUCUUUUUCUAUUGAUUCUUUCCUUUAAUAUACUAAAAACAUUCAACUAAACAUUCAUACACCAUACUUCAUUCAUUCUGACGUGGCGGGAGGGUGGAAUUUUUAUGUAUUAGUCAAUCUGGUGGACUUAGUAGUUAGGCGCUCCUCAAUGAUCAAGCUGUUAGGAAGGCCUAACUCGUAUAUCGGAGUAUGUUUCCCAUUUAGCCCAUAUUUAUAAAUAGGUUAAUCUGAUUAUUCUUUAAGUAAAAUCCCUUCUCCAGUAAACAUUGAUAAUUAAUUUGAUUCAAUAGUUCGAGCCAGUUCAGGGUGCUCUUGUUUUUUCCAAUAUCUCGCCAUGCAGAUUUUCACUGCUAGUAUAAUAUGGUUUGUAAGAAAGGAGAAGGGCUUAUCCCAUUGAGGAGCGUUUAAGUGGAAUAGGAAGAGCUGUGGGGUCAAAGGGAAAUCUGUCCCUGUACAUUCUAUUAGGGGAUUGCUAAGAUUCUUUUUUAGAACAAGAUAUUUGGAAGGCUCUUUAUUAAAAGUUUCAGAAAUGGAAAAAAAAUCGAGUGAUCGAGAUAUUCUUUUUAAGGGGUUGUGGUUGCCUAGACAUACAGUAAAUAUAGACAGAGAUUUAGAGAGUGUAUCCUACCCAUACAUAACAGCUCCAUUCUAGACCAUGGUUGUAGGGUAGAAUGUAUUUCAUUUUCUGAAUAGAAACAUAGAAUGUGACAGCAGAUAAUAACCAUUCGGCCCAUCUAGUCUGCCCAAUUUUCUAAAUAAUUUUCUUUAGUCCCUGGCAUUAUCUUAUAGUUAGGAUAGCCUUAUGCCUAUCCCACGCAUGCUUAAACUUAUUUACUGUGUUAACCUCUACCACUUCAGCUGGAAGGCUAUUCCAUGCAUCCACUACCCUCUCAGUAAAGUAAUACUUCCUGAUAUUAUUUUUAAACCUUUGUCCCUCUAAUUUAAGACUAUGUCCUCUUGUUGUGGUAGUUUUUCUUCUUUUAAAUAUAGUCUCCUCCUUUACUGUGUUGAUUCCCUUUAUGUAUUUAAAUGUUUCUAUCAUAUCCCCCCUGUCUCGUCUUUCCUCCAAGCUAUACAUGUUAAGAUCCUUUAACCUUUCCUGGUAAGUUUUAUCCCGCAAUCCAUGAACCAGUUUAGUAGCCCUUCUCUGAACCCUCUCUAAGGUAUCAAUAUCCUUCUGAAGAUACGGUCUCCAGUACUGUGUACAAUACUCCAAGUGAGGUCUCACCAGUGUUCUGUACAAUGGCAUGAGCACUUCCCUCUUUCUACUGCUAAUACCUCUCCCUAUACAACCAAGCAUUCUGCUAGCAUUUCCUGCUGUUCUAUUACAUUGUAUGCCUACCUUUAAGUUGUCAGAAAUAAUCAUCCCUAAAUCCCUUUCCUCAGAUGUUGAGGUUAGGACUCUAUCAAAUAUUCUGUACUCUGCCCUUGGGUUUUUACGUCCAAGAUGCAUUAUCUUGCACUUAUCCACAUUAAAUGUCAGUUGCCACAACUCUGACCAUUUUUCUAGUUUACCUAAAUCAUAUGCCAUUUGGCUUAUUCCUCCUGGAACAUCAAACCUGUUGCAUAACUUAGUAUCAUCAGCAUGAAUGAAGCUCAAUAAGGUUAAGUUAAAUAGGAUACAUAGGCCGUUCUCCAAUCAAAAUUUGUAGGUGGACCACAAGAGGGACAUAGCUGUAGCAGUAAUGUCAGGGACUUCCAAGUAUUCUUUUUCUAUUAUGAUACUUUAAGAAAGGUUUCUAGUUGUUGGAAAAGGUGAAGAAGACAAGUGAUUGGGUUGAACUAAGGACAGGAGAAUUUUAUCAGUGAAUAACACCAAUAUGUGCUCAUCAAUAACUUAGGGAGUCCCUGUAGUAUCAGGGGAUCAUUAUAUAUUACGGGCUUCAAAGCCAUAAUAAAAGUCAAUGGGGAAAGUGGGCAUCCCUAUCUUGUUCCAUUUGUUAAAUAAAAAAACAAUAUUCCCAUAGGCCACUGUUUAAUAUUUUUUCAGUUUUUCAAAUUAUUUAAUAUUUUUGGCUAAACUUGAGGUUCAAAAAAAGUUUUUAAAAAUAUUAAAAUAUCAAAAAUAUAUCAUAUAUUAAAAAAUAUAUCAUAUAUAAAAAAAAUAUCAAUAUAUAAAUAUAUAUAUAUAUCAGAAUCUAUCAAUAUUUUUCAAAAUAUGUAAUCAUUUGAAAACGUAUCCAAAAAAAUAAAUGAAGGCUAUAAUUUGGUAUCAGAGUUUAACAUUGGUUGAACAUUGCAAUUGAUGGAAGGAGACUUCCAGGGCUUUAGAAGAUUAAUACUAGUCGCUGGAUCUUGUGCAUGGGCUAGAGUACAGCAUUGAUGUGGCUCCUUGUGGAUAAAUCGGCAGGAGCUGAAAAAAGCACCUGCAGGGAAAAGCAUUAGGCAAGUAUAUCUCAUCUGCACUGUAACCCUUAGAGACAGGACACCAAUGUCAACAUUGGUGGCAUAAACGUCUCUUUAAAACAAUAUUUACAUCAUGUAUCAAAUGUUUAUACCUAUGUUUUAUUGUUAGUUUGUCAUUUUUGCAGUUGGUGCUCUGGAGCUGUAUGUUCCUUCAAGUCAUCGAGCUAGAAUGGGAUCUGAGACCCUGAUUCCCUGCAUGUUCACUGUGGAUAAACCUCCUGUGGAUCCCAAAUUCUUUGCUGUAUUUUGGUACUUUCAGGGAAAGGAGAUUUUAAACUAUAAUAAUAUUGUGACCACCAUCAAUCCUGCAUUUUCUAUAGAUACAAGCAGAGCACUGAUUGGAGAUGCCUCUCUGUCUAUUUCCGGAGUAAGAGUAUCUAAUGGUGGAAUAUAUACAUGUUUAAUACUUUACAGUCCAGAAAGGAAGGAGAAGGAAGUCACUUUGUUUGUUCAUGGUAAGAAUAUAGCUGUGUGACAUAAAAUGGAACACUACGGUAAUAUUAUUUAUUAAUAAUGUGCCAACAUAUUUUGCAUUGCCAUACACGGUGUGAAUUAAACAAACAAGUGAAUGAAGAAGUCAAACAAAAGACACAUCCUGCUCAAACAAACUUAUAUUAAAAACUGCUAAAUUAAGAGACACAAUUGUGAAAAUAUUGAUUUAUUUUUCAUCUGGUAAAAUUACUUGUUUUAGUUUCUAUAUAUUUUUCUGUGUCACUUAAGAUAUAACAUAGUCAGAUACACGUGCAUUUUUUUUUUUAAUUCAAUUUAUUCAUUACUAAUACAGUCCAUUAAUACUUGUGAAAAAUAUUUAAUUAACCUUAAAUAUUUGAUGUGUUGUAGUAUUGUCAUUUGUGAUAUAACUAUUCUAAGUUUUUAUUCAAAUUACUUCCAGAACACUGAAGUAAUUACCUAGGAUUACCUAGGAUUAUACUAUUAACAGACUUUCAUUGUAUAUGGAUGGUCACCACAUAUGGUUCUUGUUAAGAAUGAUGGAUGAAGGCCUGAUAGUAACCUUUGACCUAGCUUUGCAAGUCAGUCUCCCUCUGUAUUACCAAGACUCAGAUUUCUAAAGGCAUUUAUUCGGUUAACCAUGUAUAUAGAACUUCCUUUGUGUAACUUCUAUUUUACCGCCUAAAUAUAACGUAUGGCUUUAAUCAUAGAUUUCAAAUGAUGCCAAGUCACUACCCUUUUUCUAAUAUAGCCACUUUUUUUAAAGUAAGGCAACCUUAUGUAUACGCCCCUAUGUAACUGAAUUUUAAACCUAUAAAACUGAUUGUAGCUAAGAUUUUGUUACCAAUACCUUUAACAUCAAAAAUGUAUAAUGAACAUUGCUCUGUAUUGGUCAAAGACAUUCAAAGACGUUUGCAUUGACGUAUGCUAUUACCGGAUGAUGUGUAUGUUUGAAUAAAUAUAAGUUUUUAGGUGCAAGAUACUCUCAUUCUAUUUUUAUAACACUGAGGUGUGAAAAAAAAAAAAAUCUCAAGAAAAGUUACAUUUCCUACAAGUUGUAGUUGAGAAUGGUUUUACAGUUCGGUAAUGUUAAAUGGUCAAUAUCUGAUGGUAUUAUGGGACCUUUACUCACUGAAAGAGGUUGUUUUGUUUCAUUUUUGUAUUUUCCACUGACCUCUAAGUAAUAUUAUUUAUACCUAUAAAUUUACAUUAGAAGUUAUUAUUUUUUCAAACCUCAAACCUUAAGUGUAUAUAUGACAAGAGUCCUAGGAAUAAAGCAUUUUCGAGUACCCUACCUAAUAAUAUACCCAGGGAUGUAUUUGCCACAAGGCAAACAAGGCAUUUGCCUAGGGCGGCACUUCCAGGGGGGGGCGCCAAAAAAUUCCACCCCAAGCUCCCAGACAAAUGCCUUGUUUGCCUCGUGUUCUGGGGCUGUCCACCUUACUGUGAGUGAGUGAGUGUAGCUGUCAGUGUGUGUCUCUGAGUCAGAAUGGGUGUGCCUUGAGUGUGUGUCAGUGUGUGUAUGUCAUUUUAUGUGUACCUGAGAGUAUGUGCCUGUCAGUGAGUGGGUGUGUCAGUGUGCGUCUGUCAGUGAAAGUAUGUUUUGGUUAAACCGUGUGUUCCAAUGACUGUGUAUCUGUCAGUGAGUGUAUAUCAGUGCAUGUAUCAAUGAGGGCAUGUGUCAGUCAAAAAAAUGGCCUUGACACGAAUUGGGGGGGGGCAAAUUUAGAUUUUGGGGGUGCCCAAAUUUAGUUGUACCUAGGGCAGCACAAAUCCAAAAUACACCACUGAAUAUACCAAAACCUUGUAUAGUCAUUAAGAAGUUCAUCCAUGUUGCUCCAUAGAGUAAAACACUUAUCUUACUUAUUGUUCAAGUCACUCAAUAUCAAGCACAUAGAAAAAAAGCAAUUUAUACAGAGGAAGAAAUAAGAGAAAAAAAAUAAAAUUCUACAAAACAAUUUCUCAUAACUAAAGCUAGUUUGGGAAGGGAUACCAGUAUCACAUGUUAGUGUUGGAGUGUCAGUAACAUAUCACUGAUGCCAUGGUGGGACAUUCCCAGUACGUACAAUAUGACAGCAGCACAUACACACACAGCUGACAAACAAAUCAUCAAUCACAGGGACAGUUUUUCUCUGGCUUGCUACAGGUGAUGGAGUAUGAACACUCUCAUAGAUAUGCUUGUGCUGUGUGUGUUUUUUUUUUUAGAGAAUUUCUGAUUCAUCUGAGAAAUGUAAAACCAGAAAAAUAACUUGGGACAUUAGGCAGUGAUCCCAUAGCUAGGGUUUAAAGUGAUAUAAUUAAACAAAAUAUAGGGUGCUGUGUAUCUAGAAGAGAAGUUGGAUAUUACAACCCAUCACUAGAAAAAUAGAAAGCCAAUUAUUGCAAGAUGCAGACCAUGUACGGUAAAUAAAUUAAUCUUAUUGUAUUCCAUUCCAGCUUCUCCAGAGAUUGAUAUCACUGGGAGAUUCGCUGUUAUAAAUAAGGAGAGUAUUCUGAGCUGCUCAAUCACUGGAUUCUACCCUGUGGACAUCGAUAUUAAAUGGUAUAAGGAUGGGGAGAACCUAAAUAAAUAUACUGUAUCCACACCCCAGAGGAACUCAGAUGGCACAUAUAGUGUGUAUAGCACAGUAACUAUAAUACCCACUGAGGAGGACAAACUUCUGACCUUCUCCUGCAGGGUCAGACAUGAGUCUCUAUCUGGACCUCUCUACAAAGAUUUCCACCUGGAAUAUAAAAUGAAAGGUAACCAGUAUUCAAUAAGCAUUAUAUAUAUAUUAGAGAUUCCGAACACAAAUAUAAUACAUUGCUAAACACAAAUACACACACCAGUCAAGCCAUAAGACUUGCUUUUCCCACAGAAAUCUCACUUUAACAGUGUUCUUACUACUGCAAGGGAUUCUGGGUAGGUAUAUGCAAAUGAGCUCAACAAAGAACCACAUUUUUGCCUCAUAAUUCAACUUUGUACAUGGAUUCCUUGGAGCAUGUGUCUCCUGUAUACAACAGCUUUGAAACACAACUCAGGAAGAGGAACAAAGCCAGUGAACCACUCAUGGACAGCUGUUUUGUUGUUAAUGCAACUCAUCAGCAUGAGGUUGGUUACUGGCUUGCAAAGGAGGCUUGGUGUUACUUGUAAAGUGUAUACCAACAGAGUUGUGAGUAGUGAGAGCACUGUUAAAGUGAGAUUUCUGUGGGAAAAGGAAGUCUUAUGGCUUGACUGGUGUGUGUAUUUGUGUUCACCACAACUCUGUUGGUAUGUACAUAUAUAUAUAUAUACAUAUAUAUAUAUAUAUAUAUAUAUAUAUACACACUCUACUACCAUAACCACUACAGCUUUUUGCUCUCCUGAAGGCUGAGAGGCGACUAAUGCAUAUAGAGCACUGGUGCAAAAUAAAUCAUUUUUGUGCAUGGGUGGCCAAACGUAGAUUCCAAGCUUUCAUACAAUUCCCACAAUGCUAUGUCAGCUGAGGAUCUACCAUUUGCCCAUCCUUGCAGGGAUGUAUUUUUGAGCAGUGUUUGUGCAUUUGAAUGUAGGCCUGUUUUUUAAGGAUGCACAUGGGCAAAAAUUUCAGUUCAGUUCUGCACUUCCAAAAUUCGAGACUUCGGCCAUUCAGGACUUCGGCAAUUCAAGCCUUUAGGACUUAUGAAAUUCAGCCAUUCGUGACUUCGGCAAUUCAUGACUUUGGCAUUCCGGUUCGGUUCCUCACUUCAGGAUUUCGGCCAUUCGGGACUUUGGCACUUCAGGAUUUUGGCACUUUGGGAUUUUGGCAACAUGGACAUUUGUUAGCAUUCCUUUCUUGCCACCACAACCACUUACACAUAUAUAGGGAUCUCUAACCCUUAACCCCUAACCCUACCCCUAGGGUUAGGGGUAGCACUAGGAGUAGGGUUAGUGGUAGGAUUAGGGUAGGGAUAGGAGUAGGGUUUGGGUUAGUAGUAGGGUUUGGGUUAGGGGUAGGGGUAGGCUUAAGGUGAGGGUUAGGGUAGAAACAUAGAGUGUGACGGCAGAUAAGAACAAUUCAGUCCAUCUAGUCUGCUCAAUUUUCUAAAUACUUUUAUUAGUCCCUGGCCUUAUCUUAUAGUUAGAAUAGCCUUAUGCCUAUCCCACGCGUGGUUAAAUUCCUUUACUGUAUUAACCUCUACCACUUCAGCUGGAAGGCUAUUCCAUGCAUCCACUACCCUCUCAGUAAAGUAAUACUUCCUGAUAUUAUUUUUAAACCUUUGCCCCUUUAAUUUAAGACUAUGUCCUCUGUUGUGAUAGUUUUUCUUCUAUUAAAUAUAGUCUCCUCCUUCACUGUGUUGAUUCCCUUUAUGUAUUUAAAUGUUUCUAUCAUAUCCCCCCGUCUCGUCUUUCCUCCAAGCUAUACAUGUUAAGAUCCUUUAACCUUUCCUGGUAAGUUUUAUCCUGCAAUCCAUGAACCAGUUUAGUAGCCCUUCUCUGAACCCUCUCUAAGGUAUCAAUAUCCUUCUGAAGAUACGGUCUCCAGUACUGUGUACAAUACUCCAAGUGAGGUCUCACCAGUGUUCUGUACAAUGGCAUGAGCACUUCCCUCUUUCUACUGCUAAUACCUCUCCCUAUACAACCAAUCAUUCUGCUAGCAUUUCCUGCUGCUCUAUUACAUUGUCUGCCUACCUUUAAGUCCUCAUAAAUAAUCACCCUUAAAUCCCUUUCCUCAGAUGUUGAGGUUAGAACUCUAUCAAAUAUUCUGUAGUGGUAGGGUUAGGGGUAGGGUUAGGAGUAGGGUUAGGGUUAGUGUAACCGCUGGUGGUUCCCUUAUUUACCACUAUAAUGUCUUAAAGCAUAGAACUUAGUAGGGCUAACCAUACAGAUAUCUUAGCCAUAAUUUUAUAUAGUGUAAGAGAUCCUCUAUUUAACAUAUAUAAACAAUUGAGAAUACAAUAUAAAAUAAGGAUUGUCUUGGAAGCAAUCGUUUUGUCUUUUUGGAUAUUUAUUAUAUAAAAAUAUAAAAUACAUUAUAGCAGAGUUUAUAAAAUUAAAUUACAUGCUUGCAAAUAUCAUUAAUAGGUUAACAUACCCUUCUGAACAUGUCAUCAUGUCAGUCUCUCUGUCAUUUUAAGAUGGAGCAGCGUCUGUCUCCAAGUCUGUCCUCUGUGUCUUAACAUUUAAAAGUACACCUAUUUAUACCUUAGGUGUCUCCAUUUUAGGUUACUGUAGUUCAAAUAUGAAAAAGUAACACUUCUUUUACUUUAUUCAAUUUAGGUCCUCCCUUAAUUUGGCAAACAUACAAGGCCAUAACUAAAGGGUGUAUACGUCAUGGAAAUUUUCCUGACUUAGUUCAAGAUGGCAUCUUAAAGUCUGAAUAGGUUAUCUGUUGUUUAUACUAAGUCGUAAGUGUACAGUCGUGGGAGAUUCCCGGAUUUGGGGAAGUUCCAUUAACUUUGGGUUACAACAGUAUAUUGUGUACUGCAAGUGUCGUAGCAUAGCCUUGAAGCUUGUAAUUCGUCUGGGACAAAAUGGCGCAAACAUAUUAUGCACUGAGGUUAUUGCUUAAAGAAACAGUUAUGAAAAACAAUAUGUUCCAUUUCUAACACCUUGUCAGUUUGCAAUAUCUCUUAAAGACAAAGUACACAGUUUAAGAAAUACAACAUUUCAUUCUAAAACUUGUAAUAUUUGCCCAUAACAUUAGGGUAAGGGUUAAGGGUAGGGUAAAGGGUAAUGUUAGGGUAGGCUUAGGGUAGGGAUAGGGUUAGGGUUAGGGUUAGGAGUAGGGUUAGGUUUAGGGUAUUGUUUGGAGUAGGGUUGGGGUAGGGCUAGGGUUAGGGUUAGGGGUAGGGUUAUGGUUUGGAGUAGGGUUAGGGGUAGCGGUAGGGGUAGAAUUAGGGGUAGGGUUGGGGUAGGAGAUUGGCAGUUCUAAACAAGGAGAGUAUUCUGAGCAGCACCAUCACUGGGUUUUAAUCUCCCUUAUGCUAUUAUGGGGAAUAAAUAUUGUUGUUUUGCAUUCCAGCUCCUUCGAAGAUCACUAUCACAGGGAGAUUGGCAGUUCUAAACAAGGAGAGUAUUCUGAGCAGCACCAUCACCGGGUUCUACCCUGUGGACAUCGACAUUAAAUGGUUUAGGGAUGGGGAGAUCCUCAAUAAAUAUACUGUAUCUACACCCCAGAGGAACCCAGAUGGCACAUAUAGUGUGUAUAGCACAGUAACUAUAAUACCCACUGAGGAGGACAAACUUCUGACCUUCUCCUGCAGGGUCAGACAUGAGUCUCUAUCUGGACCUCUCUACAAAGACUUCCACCUGGAAUAUAAGGGUAACCAGUGUUUAUUCUAUAUUUUCUUUAAGAGGUAUUAAAUAUGAUAGAUAUAAUCUUUUUAUUUGGAGAAUAAAGGGGACGGUCAUUUCACAGGACUUGAACAGUCCCGUAUUUUUAACAGAUAUAAAAAUGAAAUAGUUCAAGAAUUAAAAACAAAAACAUAUAACUAUAUCUCAGUCUAAAAAGAAAUCCCACAUAUAGCUUGGGAUCUGGAAUAGUUAUAGCGUGUUAACCUUUUUUUUCCAUUCAUAUGAUUUCCUCCAUUACCUUUUAAAUAUAUUUAAAAUAUUUUUUAACUGAUGUUUUAAACUGAGUUCAUGAGGAGAAACAGUUUUGAUGGGGAAGAUGUUGUGAGGAUAUUGAAACAGCUAUAUGCACUACCUGAAUAGCAAGGUUUAUUCAUUUGCAUAUGCAGGUAGAUUUGCAUAUUAUGACUUCUGCAGGGCGGGCAGGGGAGAUAUUUUUUGUUAGUUAUUGUCUUCCCCAUUAUUAAUAUGUUAUUGUGUUAUUAUGAGUUAAUGUUUCCACAAAUUAUUUGGUUAUUUGUAUUUGAGUUUUCCACCAUAAGUUUGAUGUAAUGCGCAUAUUGGUUGGUCCUAAGUAAGAAUAAAGCUCAGUGUGUUAGUUCCAUAUGGAACUGCAUGUCCUGUUUUGUUAUUAAGGGAUCCAGUAACACAGUCUUUGAACCUGUUGGCUGGCUGUUUGGUCCCUGGAUCUUGGGACAAGUUAAAAAAGCUAGGCCGAAAAGUCACAAUUGCUAUUAUCACAACAUAGGCAGAGGUGUAGAUAAUUGCCUGGGAAAGAGCACAAGAGGCAAAGGCAGAGGUCACUCUUGAUGCCAAGUAGUCAGGAGUCUUCUCCUUCAAUGUGCAGUGUUAUGGCAAUAGGAAUUCACCAGCAUAUGUGAUGCAAAUUUUUAAAAAAUAAAAUAAAUAUAUAUAUAUAUAUCUUUAUGGCUGGGAUUAAAGCAAUUAAAUAAGGUAUACUCACAUAAGGAGCCCAAAAGUAGUUUUUGUUUAAACCUACAUUGCGUAGGUGGUAUCUUCAUCACCAAGGAAAUAAAAGUGUGAAUCCUCCGGAUAAUAUCUUCAAGGAUAAAAUCGGGAAGGUCCAGGUGUAGUAAAUAGUUUUAUUUCAGACAAAAAUAGUAAAAAACAAUAUACAGCAUAAAAAAACACAAAAGCAUUUCUCCAGACUGGGCUUUCUCAUAGGACACCUGCUAUCACCAAGUAGCCUGCUUUCACCAUAAUCACUAUAAACAUGUGCAGUGGUUAUGGUGCUUAGAGCGAUCCUUUGUAUACUGUGUAACGGAUGCCAUCUUGCCUUGAUUUGUUUGUAAUAUCCUUCACUAUUUGCAUUAUUAAUUGUCUAAUCAUUAUUAAAUGUAAUAAAUAGAACAAAUGAAUAAAAUGCUACCGGUUUCCACCCUGGCUGCAGACCUGCUAAUGUCUGAUACAAACACCCUGAUCACUGGGGGGUCAUGGCAUGAUAUGCCAGCCCAGACAUGGUCACAAAACCGAACUGAAUAUGUAUUCUUUCCAUCUCUAUAUAAAUGAAUACAAAUAAAGAUAUUGCAUGUUUCUUGUUACAGGUCAAAGAAAUAGAAUGUCGCAGAUUUUAAUUCCUGUUCUCAUUGUUGUCGUGGUGAUACUGGUAUUUUCAGUAUAUAAAUUUAGGAAGCGCAGUAAGUAUUCUUUAAGUCUCCAUUCAUUCUAAAUACUAAAAUAAGUUUUAUACAUUUUGUGUUUCAAUAUUUAAAUUUUAUUAUUAAAGGAAAAGUAAAUGUUUACUAUGACAAAAAGUUUAAUAAAAUUUCUGAGAUUCAUUAAAACAGAAAUCAACCUUUAGAAAUUAGCGCCCAGUGAGUCUGACACAUUGUAGCCGGGGUUUUUAUCAUUCCCUCGUAAGAUAGUUAAUGAAAAGGAAACAAGUGCGCCAGAGAAAAAUGAUCAAAAUCAGCUCUGGUUUUCUGCGAUUUUAAUUCAUUUCUUUUUGCAGGACAGACAAACGAGAACAAUGCGUCCCCAGAUGUAAAAUUGGUCUUUUUGGGUAAGGUGUAACUAAUAGACUUAAAAUAUAAAUCAUAUGGCCAUUCCUAAUUUGACUUCUGAAAUCCAGUAUUUCAACACACAAGGUGAUGGAAGGAUAGAUACACUAUUUCCACUUUUUGAAAUUCUGAAUCACUGUCUCUCAGUAUGUAAUGUAUAUUUAUAGAUUUUCUGUUCAUGCUUCUCCUAUUUUCUCUAUUGGUAACUUUUCUCACUUGAUCUGUGAGCCAAAUGGUGGGAUAAUGCUCCUAUCAGUGCACUCCAAAAUAUUUACCUAAUAUCAUAUUAUGUAUGAAAUUUGCAGCAAAUUGAUUUAGCCAUUUUCAUGAAUGUUUGGUUUGUUCUUCUGUUUUGGUUCCCAAAAUUUCUCGCCAUAUGUAUAUAUACAUAUAUACACAUACAUGUCUAAUGUUAAGUGUUCUAGUAUCUUGAAUAUUAACUCCUCUCACUAUUGUCCCUGCACGUCAGGCUCCUAUAGGGUAAUUUCCUGCUCUGGCAGUGUCUCACCCCGCACAGCCCUUGGUGUGCUCAGCACUGUGUCUCAAUACAAUAUUGAACCAGCCGCUGACACGUUACUGGUCCUUUAAUUCUGAUUUAAUCUGUUGUGCAUUGGAACAAAAUUUAUAGUUAGAAAUCUAUUCAUGUUUUUAUUAUUUAAAUUAAAUUAUACUUUCACUCAAUUACAGGGACUCCUCCACAUGUUGAAGAUAUCAUAGUAUCCGAUCAAUUACCUUGGUCCCAGAAGGUGAAGCUGGAGUGCAAGAUCUCAGGAUACUCUAACCGGGAUAGGCCAUCUGUGACCUGGUAUAAACAGGAGCAAGGGGAUCUCCAACCAGUUACAUUAAAUUCCAGUGAGAUUUAUGAGAUCCAGGAUCUCAGAUAUGAGAUACAGGAUGUUAACACGUACAGCUGUACAGCAUGUCUGAUUAUCAGCCAAUCACUGAGCUCAGAGCAACCGAUAGAAGUCAUCUGCAGAGUGGAACAUCCCAGCCCGGAGCAACCAAUAGAGACACAGACUGAAUCAUUACAAGUGAUGGGUGAGUCCAUUAGUUCACAGACUGUGUAUUAUAUAUAUCUUUCCUACUUCAGCUGUGAACAGAAAGGUUGUAAAAACUUUGAAUUAAAGAGAGAUGAGAUGUCAUAAUAUCCAAUGAUAAUAGCAAAAUGUAGAUAUAACUCAAUGGGAGAGAUUUACCAAAAGUGAUCUGAAAGUGUCAUUUAUUCUUGGUCUCCAAUUUGUUCAUAUUCAUUAAAUUGUUAAUUUUCAUGGAAAAAGUCAGUUUCAGGACAGACCAUUAAAUUCAGAAAAAAAGUUCAGUGAAAUAAAACGUUUUUUUUUUCUAGCAGAAAGAAAGGACAGAAACGUUGUCAGUUGUGUCGACUAAAAACACACAGGGCCGCACUUUCAAAAAUGGCCGUUAG